CAUCAACCGACGGUGGCGAACGCAGGCAGCCAGGCAGUCAGCUUCCGUUCGCUGAAGAAGACGGACGCGCUCGUGGUCAUAUCUCAUCUCAUGUGUCUGUGGAGGUACGCGGUUGGUUGAGAGCAACACUAUCGAGUCGUUAAUGAAACGAAAGAAACUUUUCUAAAUUCGACCAUAUUAUCGAAAAUUUUAUUAAAGCUAGUGUCACUUUAAAAAAAUGUAGGAUAGAUUCAUGUAAAACAAAAAGUGAGUCUUCAUUUCUGGAAAUGUCGGUCGUUUUUUAAAGAUGGAAAAGGGAAUCAUCUUAUUUUGUGUUCUGUUCGUUUUCUCGGUGAGAACUGAAAACGUCUCGUUCGAAGGCAACGUUCAGCCCUUACGUUACGAAGCACCUGAUGAUUGUCAAUGGUGGAUCCGAGAGCCCGCAGUGGCCGGAGGACAAGACGAGGUAGCCCUUACCUGUAAGUUGAGAACCAUCAAUAGCGAGUUCGACACCACCAACUUCAGCGUUAUCCCUUCAGAACAUACCACGUCCCUUAGGAUCGAGUGCAGCGACGUGUUAAUGUCUCGAAGCAGCCUCGACGAUAAGAGCUUCGUUCAUUUGGUGAAGCUUCGCGAAUUAGAAUUAGAGCACUGUAAAUUGGGACGAUGGCCUGCAGGAACGUUAACGGGAUUGAGAAAUUUACGAAAUUUAACAGUUCGGACUCAUAAUACUAAAUGGCCAGCGAUGAGCUUAGAUUUAUCGCCGGAAAGCUUUGCUCCUGUGAGACAGCUGGAGAGAUUGGAUUUAAGUUCGAAUAACAUUUGGGCAUUUCCGGAAAACAUUUUUUGCCCUCUGACCAAUUUGGUGAUGCUCAACGUGAGCGAGAAUCGUCUCCAAGACGUGAGCGAUUUGGGCUUUCGAGAGCGUGUGACAGCGGCAGCUCAACCCCUUAUGAGUGUUCCGGAAGGCGAACAAGAGUCGCACGAUAUCGACAAUGUGAAAAUUGACAUUUCGUGCAGUUUGGACGUGCAAGUUCUUGACGCGUCGUUCAAUCAUUUCGUAUUAAUUCCCGCCAACGGAUUUGGCAUUUUAAGAAGACUGAACGAAUUGUAUUUGCAAUAUAACGAAAUUUCAAUGGUUGCCGAUAAAGCCCUGGCCGGAUUAAAAUCGCUUGAGAUUUUCGAUUUGUCGAACAAUAAAAUCGUGGCGUUGCCCGGCGAGCUGUUCAAAGAUUGUGCAACAACAAUAAAGGAAAUUUACCUACAGAAUAAUUCAAUAACUGUCCUUGCGCCUGGAUUAUUCUCAGAUUUAGACCAGCUGCUUGCGCUCGAUUUGUCAAAAAACCAGCUGAGUAGUUCCUGGAUUAACACUGACAGUUUUGCCGGCCUGAUCCGUUUGGUACUGCUCAAUUUAUCUUACAAUAAAAUCAUGAAAAUUGAACCGACAAUAUUCAAGGAUUUGUACACGUUACAGAUCUUGAAUCUGGAGCACAACCUGAUAGAAACAAUCCCGGCCGAGACAUUCGCUCCGAUGAGCAAUUUGCAUACGUUGAUAAUAUCGUACAAUAAAAUUACCUACUUGGAUGCAUAUUCCCUCAACGGGCUGUACGUUCUCUCAUUACUGGCGCUAGAUAAUAAUUUACUGGAAGGUAUUCAUCCCGAAGCUUUUCGGAACUGCUCCAGCUUACAAGAUUUGAAUAUUAAUGGUAACGUGCUAACCAAAGUGCCCCUGGCCCUGAAGGAUAUGAGACUUUUGAAAACGGUCGAUCUUGGCGAGAAUUCGAUAACGUCAUUAGAGAAUCCGAACUUUCGAGGAAUGAGCAACUUGUACGGUCUGAGACUAAUAGGAAAUCAGUUGCAAAAUAUUAGCAAGCACGCGUUCGUCGAUCUUCCCGCCCUUCAGAUCCUCAAUUUGGCGAGAAACAGGAUCCAGAAAGUGGAACAGGGCGCUUUCGAAAUGAGCGCAACUUUACAAGCAAUCAGGCUCGACUCUAAUCAGCUAACAGACAUUAGCGGUCUGUUUUCGAAUAUACCAAGUUUACUUUGGCUGAACGUAUCCGAUAACAGGAUAGAGUGGUUCGAUUACGCUCUCAUUCCUCACGGACUCCAGUGGCUCGAUAUCCACAAGAAUAACGUCAGAGAACUAGGCAACCACUACUCCCUAGACGUCGAGUUACGUUUGCAAACUUUGGACGCGAGCUUUAACAAAUUAACAAGUAUCAAUUCGAACGCCGUGCCGAGCAGUAUCGAGUUACUAUUCUUGAACGACAAUUUGAUAACAGUCGUUGAACCGCAAACAUUUUUAAAGAAAACAAACUUGACACGCGUCGACCUUUACGCUAAUCAAAUCAUAAGCAUGGAUUUGAACGCUCUCCGAUUGACGCCCGUCGACCCGGAACGACCGUUACCCGAAUUUUACAUCGGCGGAAAUCCAUUCCAGUGCGACUGCACCAUGGAAUGGUUACAAAGGAUUAAUAAGCUGGAUCAUCUCCGUCAGCAUCCGAGAGUGAUGGAUUUGGAGAGCAUUUACUGUAAGUUACUUCAUAAUCGCGAAGCUAAAUAUUUGCCGUUGAUAAGCGCCGAUUCCUCUCAGUUUCUGUGCCCUUACAAGACCCAUUGCUUUGCACUAUGUCACUGUUGUGAUUUUGACGCGUGUGACUGCGAAAUGACGUGUCCGACAAACUGUACCUGUUAUCACGAUCAGUCGUGGUCUUCUAACAUUGUCGAGUGUUCCGGUGCCGACUAUAAAGAGAUGCCCAACAAGAUACCGAUGGACGCUACGGAAGUUUAUUUAGACGGUAACAAUUUCGGCGAAUUGUUCAGUCACUCGUUUAUCGGUCGCAAGAAUCUUAAAGUUCUUUACGCGAACAAUUCCAACAUUGCCGCAAUUUACAAUCAGACGUUCAGCGGUCUGCCAAGAUUAAUUAUACUACACUUGGAAAAUAAUUCGAUUAAGCAGUUGCUCGGCUUCGAGCUGGCGUCCCUCGAAAUUUUGCGCGAGCUCUAUUUACAAAAUAAUUUAAUUCAUUACAUCGACAAUAGAACGUUCCUCGGCCUCAAACAUUUGGAAGUUUUGCGUUUGGACGGCAACAAACUGACGACGUUCGAAGUGUGGCAACUGUCACGAAAUUCGUAUUUAGUUGACAUCAGUUUGGGCGAAAAUCACUGGUCGUGCGAUUGCGAUUAUACGAAAAAAUUCCGAAUGUGGUUGCAAGUGAAUCAGGGGAAAGUGUCUGACUUUUCACGCGUCAAUUGUUUCUUCAGUAAUAACACUAGUAGCAUAGGACCCCCGAUAUUAGAUAACACCACGUGCACCGUAGUUUCGGGAAAGUCCCGGGCGAUGGUGGAAAGCCAGGCAAUGAACGAUUACCUGUCGGUCUUGCUGAUUGCGAUGUGUUUGUUCCUGUCUAGUGUGGUAAUAAUGUGCGGAGCCUUCUAUUACCGCAGGGAACUGAGAGUUUGGAUUUAUUCCCGGUGUGGGUUACGAAUGUGUUACAAAACGACCUCGUUCGAAGAGCAACAAGACAAAGACAGACUCUUCGACGCGUACGUAUGUUACAGCGUGAAGGACGAGGCGUUUGUUCAUCAAGUGUUGGCUCAGGGUCUCGAAGGGGGUGAGCCCAAUUACAGGCUGUGUCUGCACUAUCGCGACUUCAACGUGUCCACGUACGUUGCGGACACUAUCAUAGAAGCGGUCGAGUCCUCGAGACGGACUAUCCUGGUGCUGUCAAAGAACUUUUUGUACAACGAAUGGUGCCGUUUCGAAUUCAAAUCCGCGCUCAACGAGGUGCUAAAAGACCGAAGACGAAGACUGAUAUUCAUAGUGACCGGCGAGAUACCGCAGAGGGAUCUCGAUCCCGAUCUUCGCCUGUAUAUUAAGACGAACAUUGUGAUAGAAUGGGGAGACAGACAGUUUUGGCAAAAGCUCCAGUUCGAGAUGCCGGACGUGAAACGAUCGUGUGUACAUCAACGGUCGGCGGUCAAUAUUUACGCAACAAACACUCCGAUGCAUCUGGAGAGAUCGAGGAGUCCGGCACUUCCGCCACCUCCGCCUCCUGGUAAAUUGCCGCCGUUCCUACAAAACCCGCCCAGUUUACCUAGGAAUUCGAGACCGUUACCGCAUCCCUUGUGGCCUGCAAGACUCUUGCNCCAAGACGUGAGCGAUUUGGGCUUUCGAGAGCGUGUGACAGCGGCAGCUCAACCCCUUAUGAGUGUUCCGGAAGGCGAACAAGAGUCGCACGAUAUCGACAAUGUGAAAAUUGACAUUUCGUGCAGUUUGGACGUGCAAGUUCUUGACGCGUCGUUCAAUCAUUUCGUAUUAAUUCCCGCCAACGGAUUUGGCAUUUUAAGAAGACUGAACGAAUUGUAUUUGCAAUAUAACGAAAUUUCAAUGGUUGCCGAUAAAGCCCUGGCCGGAUUAAAAUCGCUUGAGAUUUUCGAUUUGUCGAACAAUAAAAUCGUGGCGUUGCCCGGCGAGCUGUUCAAAGAUUGUGCAACAACAAUAAAGGAAAUUUACCUACAGAAUAAUUCAAUAACUGUCCUUGCGCCUGGAUUAUUCUCAGAUUUAGACCAGCUGCUUGCGCUCGAUUUGUCAAAAAACCAGCUGAGUAGUUCCUGGAUUAACACUGACAGUUUUGCCGGCCUGAUCCGUUUGGUACUGCUCAAUUUAUCUUACAAUAAAAUCAUGAAAAUUGAACCGACAAUAUUCAAGGAUUUGUACACGUUACAGAUCUUGAAUCUGGAGCACAACCUGAUAGAAACAAUCCCGGCCGAGACAUUCGCUCCGAUGAGCAAUUUGCAUACGUUGAUAAUAUCGUACAAUAAAAUUACCUACUUGGAUGCAUAUUCCCUCAACGGGCUGUACGUUCUCUCAUUACUGGCGCUAGAUAAUAAUUUACUGGAAGGUAUUCAUCCCGAAGCUUUUCGGAACUGCUCCAGCUUACAAGAUUUGAAUAUUAAUGGUAACGUGCUAACCAAAGUGCCCCUGGCCCUGAAGGAUAUGAGACUUUUGAAAACGGUCGAUCUUGGCGAGAAUUCGAUAACGUCAUUAGAGAAUCCGAACUUUCGAGGAAUGAGCAACUUGUACGGUCUGAGACUAAUAGGAAAUCAGUUGCAAAAUAUUAGCAAGCACGCGUUCGUCGAUCUUCCCGCCCUUCAGAUCCUCAAUUUGGCGAGAAACAGGAUCCAGAAAGUGGAACAGGGCGCUUUCGAAAUGAGCGCAACUUUACAAGCAAUCAGGCUCGACUCUAAUCAGCUAACAGACAUUAGCGGUCUGUUUUCGAAUAUACCAAGUUUACUUUGGCUGAACGUAUCCGAUAACAGGAUAGAGUGGUUCGAUUACGCUCUCAUUCCUCACGGACUCCAGUGGCUCGAUAUCCACAAGAAUAACGUCAGAGAACUAGGCAACCACUACUCCCUAGACGUCGAGUUACGUUUGCAAACUUUGGACGCGAGCUUUAACAAAUUAACAAGUAUCAAUUCGAACGCCGUGCCGAGCAGUAUCGAGUUACUAUUCUUGAACGACAAUUUGAUAACAGUCGUUGAACCGCAAACAUUUUUAAAGAAAACAAACUUGACACGCGUCGACCUUUACGCUAAUCAAAUCAUAAGCAUGGAUUUGAACGCUCUCCGAUUGACGCCCGUCGACCCGGAACGACCGUUACCCGAAUUUUACAUCGGCGGAAAUCCAUUCCAGUGCGACUGCACCAUGGAAUGGUUACAAAGGAUUAAUAAGCUGGAUCAUCUCCGUCAGCAUCCGAGAGUGAUGGAUUUGGAGAGCAUUUACUGUAAGUUACUUCAUAAUCGCGAAGCUAAAUAUUUGCCGUUGAUAAGCGCCGAUUCCUCUCAGUUUCUGUGCCCUUACAAGACCCACUGCUUUGCACUAUGUCACUGUUGUGAUUUUGACGCGUGUGACUGCGAAAUGACGUGUCCGACAAACUGUACCUGUUAUCACGAUCAGUCGUGGUCUUCUAACAUUGUCGAGUGUUCCGGUGCCGACUAUAAAGAGAUGCCCAACAAGAUACCGAUGGACGCUACGGAAGUUUAUUUAGACGGUAACAAUUUCGGCGAAUUGUUCAGUCACUCGUUUAUCGGUCGCAAGAAUCUUAAAGUUCUUUACGCGAACAAUUCCAACAUUGCCGCAAUUUACAAUCAGACGUUCAGCGGUCUGCCAAGAUUAAUUAUACUACACUUGGAAAAUAAUUCUAUUAAGCAGUUGCUCGGCUUCGAGCUGGCGUCCCUCGAAAUUUUGCGCGAGCUCUAUUUACAAAAUAAUUUAAUUCAUUACAUCGACAAUAGAACGUUCCUCGGCCUCAAACAUUUGGAAGUUUUGCGUUUGGACGGCAACAAACUGACGACGUUCGAAGUGUGGCAACUGUCACGAAAUUCGUAUUUAGUUGACAUCAGUUUGGGCGAAAAUCACUGGUCGUGCGAUUGCGAUUAUACGAAAAAAUUCCGAAUGUGGUUGCAAGUGAAUCAGGGGAAAGUGUCUGACUUUUCACGCGUCAAUUGUUUCUUCAGUAAUAACACUAGUAGCAUAGGACCCCCGAUAUUAGAUAACACCACGUGCACCGUAGUUUCGGGAAAGUCCCGGGCGAUGGUGGAAAGCCAGGCAAUGAACGAUUACCUGUCGGUCUUGCUGAUUGCGAUGUGUUUGUUCCUGUCUAGUGUGGUAAUAAUGUGCGGAGCCUUCUAUUACCGCAGGGAACUGAGAGUUUGGAUUUAUUCCCGGUGUGGGUUACGAAUGUGUUACAAAACGACCUCGUUCGAAGAGCAACAAGACAAAGACAGACUCUUCGACGCGUACGUAUGUUACAGCGUGAAGGACGAGGCGUUUGUUCAUCAAGUGUUGGCUCAGGGUCUCGAAGGGGGUGAGCCCAAUUACAGGCUGUGUCUGCACUAUCGCGACUUCAACGUGUCCACGUACGUUGCGGACACUAUCAUAGAAGCGGUCGAGUCCUCGAGACGGACUAUCCUGGUGCUGUCAAAGAACUUUUUGUACAACGAAUGGUGCCGUUUCGAAUUCAAAUCCGCGCUCAACGAGGUGCUAAAAGACCGAAGACGAAGACUGAUAUUCAUAGUGACCGGCGAGAUACCGCAGAGGGAUCUCGAUCCCGAUCUUCGCCUGUAUAUUAAGACGAACAUUGUGAUAGAAUGGGGAGACAGACAGUUUUGGCAAAAGCUCCAGUUCGAGAUGCCGGACGUGAAACGAUCGUGUGUACAUCAACGGUCGGCGGUCAAUAUUUACGCAACAAACACUCCGAUGCAUCUGGAGAGAUCGAGGAGUCCGGCACUUCCGCCACCUCCGCCUCCUGGUAAAUUGCCGCCGUUCCUACAAAACCCGCCCAGUUUACCUAGGAAUUCGAGACCGUUACCGCAUCCCUUGUGGGCAUAGCGAUUAUUAAAUUACAGGAACCCUGUGCACAUUACGUUCGCCGACAGUUGAAUGUGAUGGAAAGGAACCUACUUUUAAUUGAUGUGAUAUUUUAGUGGCUCUACUUUUAUAUUCUAAAUUGAAUCCAUGUAGAAAUUUUGACUGUAUUUUGCUUAUUGUUACAAAGUAAGAACUGAUAGCCUAUUAAUUACUAUUACUAAUUCCGAUAUAAAAGAAAAGAAUCGUGGUAUAACAUUUAAAAAUACCUACAUCGUACAUUAAAUAAUUAUAAUAAUAUUCACUGUGCAUUCUCUUUUACCGAUAAUGAUGCUGAACGCUUUUGGUUUUGUUUUGUUGUAAAUAUUUGUAAUCUAAACGCAUUUUCUAAGAGAUGUAAAGUACUUAUCUAAAUUGAGAAUGUUCAGUCCACAUUAGAAUGCAGCGCAUCGACAAAUUUCGUUGAAAGUGGGACACAAAUUCGAAGUGCAAGGCUCUCACUCAGAAUGCAGUAAUUAAAUUUUCUAGUGUAAUUAUGUUUGACCAUUAAAGGACAUUUAACCCUCUAUACUUAAUUUUAUAGCUUUAAUGCGACCGUAGAGGUUCGUUCUAGGUUGUACUAUCGCCUGGCCAUUACCAAAUCGAAUUUUACACUAUGCCAAGCUCGAAUUAAAUCAACACGUUGGGCACCUAGCGGAAUUAAAUUUAAUUAAUAAACCACAAUACCUAAAAAAGUUUUGAAUAAUCCACUUUAUUUGAUGAAAUUGUAAAUUUGAAACUUGUGUCGUCUUCCGCUAUGUCAAAUUACUUAGUAUAUCUUAUAAAAUGCAAUAACGCUUGCAAAACAUAGCUAUACUAGACAAAAAUUUUCAGUCUCUCUCCAGUCUCUCAGUCUUUCAGCAUUUCUGAGGGCGUCUCUCACAAUCUUU